CCUCGACCUCAGCUCUCCUUCUCUUUCUUCCACAACCCACCCCCCCACCUCGACAUGUUGUCUUUCCGACGGGCUGAGGGCUCCCUACGACUAGCUCUUAGGAGAACCUCUCCACUCUACCGGCCCUGCGUCCGGAGCCAUCUCUCGUCCUUCCCGGCCGUCGCGGCAAUCCCGCACACCCAGCGACCGGCCUCGACCGAAUCUGCGUCGUCCCGCCGCCAGACCGACGAGGAUUCAGACCAGGCCCUCAUCGACUUCUUCCAGCGCGACCUCGAGAACCAGACUUUUGUGCAGCAGACCCGGUCGUCGAUCAACAUCGACGACCUCAGAUCCGAGCUCUUCGACGAAGACUUUGUGGCAAGGCCACCGCCAGCAUCGAAAACUCACACCGAACCUGAAAAGCCCGUCCGAGCUACGACAGAACCGAAGCAAGAGGACUUUGAGCAUCGAGGACAAAACAGGGAUAUCAUCAUCCUCCAGGAAAAGCUCUUCCGCCGUCGCCGCAGACAUUCCCAUCAUCAUAGGGACCCGGCCCCUGUAACCCACUACACUGUCGAAAACGACCGUGCUUACGACACCGUCGUCACCAAAAUAUCCUCGAUGCUGCGUGACUCUCUCAAGACCAGAAUCAACGAUAUAGUAGGCUCGAUCGACUCCUUCCGGCCACACGCCAACCUCGUCUCUCCUGCGCGCCACAUGCAGUUGCAAAAAUCUAUCUUGAAAGCAUUCAACAAACAGCAGAUUAUCGAGUACAUCACCCUCACCACCGAACCUGGCAACAGGCCCUAUAUCGCACACAAAAAUGGUUCCGCGAGAAAGGCGAAUUUGGUGUUGGCCGUCAUCUCAAAGAUCUGGGGCAUCAAAAUCUCAUCCGACAUCACAAAGGACUUGCUCACCCACAGAGAAGUCCCCAUCCCGCAGCGACGAGAUAUGGUCCUGCUUCUGUCCAAGAACGCGCUCUUGCUUCGCAAAACUACCGAGCUCGGCGUCACCGUCCAGGUCAGUCGCAAGCUUGACUCGCUCGAGCUCCUUGGUACCGAGUACGACGUCGACCGCGCGGCGCGCCGGCUGCAAUUCAUUCUCAAGAACGUCAUCGAUGAGACCUUCAGUCUCGACUUUUUGGAAUACUGCCCGGAUGUCUCUGCCACCGAUAUCCCAACCACCGUCAUCUCCCAGCUAAGCGAGACGUUUGUCGAAAUCAUCGACAACCGCAACAUCAAAAUCUCCGCCUUGAGCGACCACAGACUCGCGCUCGCUCGCCGACUCAUCAUCCUCUCGCUCAAGCUCUACCGCCGCGAGUCAAACUACCUCUUCUUCUCACCCGGCUCUCUGUCCGACAGCGACACCGCGUUCUACAACAUUUACGAAACAAGCGCGAUUCCAUGGUACUCCCGCAACAGUCGCUGGCAGCGGUGGCGCAGCGUGAUUUCGAGCUAUUCGGUCGCAAACAGCGGUAUCCCUCUUUCUCUUUCUGAAUUGCUGAACGACUAUCCGAAAUUAGUUCUUGAAGAGCUCGAUAAACUACGAUCGGAAUCGUUCAGGAUGGUCGAGCCGGCAAAGGACGAAAACUACGGGCUGCAGCUUGUUGGGUUUGAUUCCACGCGCCAGCCUGGACGUACGGUUGAUCGGGCGGUUGGAGAGUUGAUGAAGCGCAUAGUCAGAGGGGAUGGGGAGAAGUAUCCAGAUUCGAACGCCCUUCCAAGCAAGACACAAUCUACACAGCAGUCUACCGAGAGUUCACAUGCAGACUCAUCAAGUGAAUCCGAACCUGCGGCUGAUGUGCGUAAUUCGGGCCCGACCAACGAGUUUGCCACUGUCUUUGACAAGCUCGAGGAGUUGGCGGCAGGAGAGUCAACGACCGCUACGAGCAGCCCACAGUACACUGCCAAAUUCGGAUCGGCACUCCACGAGCAAGAGAAGAUUGGUAACGAUGCCGAUAUCUUGGAGAGCUCAGAGUUGCAUUCCAAGGACAAGUAUAUCUUUGUCGAGCACGCUCCCAUCUUUUCACGCUACAUCGAGACCUUCCUCCGCGACCGCAACUCAGACUGGAAAGCGCAUCCAUACAGCGCCCAAUCUCUCAAACAUAUUUCCCAACCGCAUUUCCUGCGCAAGUACUUCCGCCUAAAGUUCAUGCCCUCGCCCUACGCGCACCCAGACUCGUUCACAGACUACACACCGCUCGAGAUGGAUGUGGCGGCCAAGGAUGAUUGGAAGAGCACGAGCCAGGUCUCGCUGGUGUCGCGCGAGAGCGACUCUGCGAUCGAUCUGUGCCUGCCGCGGCAGAUUAUGGAUAUCCGGUUUCAGCGAAGAGUGGAUACGCCGAUUGUGGUUCAGCAGCCGGGGGUUCGGCAGUUCCUGCAGCAGAUGAAGAUCGAGCUUGGAGAUGAUACGAAGCGGGUGAAGAUCCCGCACAGCAUGCCCGUGCGCCUCGACGUUUUUGAUGGGGCUGCUGACAGCGCUGCUGAACAGGUGACGGAAGAAGUGUCUACCAAGGAGGACAGCACUGCUGAACACUCCUCGGAAGAAGUGUCGACUGAAGAGAAGCCCAGUGCAUCGGAACCCCAGUUCAAGCCACGAACGCUCUCUCAAUGGAUGAGUGAAGACGACACAGCACCAUCUACAGAAGCAGCACCAGCUGAAGACAAGACAGGUAGCACUUUCGAGCUCCAAUCUAUGACAGACAUGUCUUCGGCCGUAGAGGUCACCAACAACACGGCACCCGCUGAAGUCGACGAGAAAGCAAUCACCUACCUCUUCCGCUCAUUCGAGCAGCGCUGGGAGUUGCAGUACAUGUACGGCGAGCACGUGCUCAAGUUCUGCGUCGUCGAGAGCAGCGUUCUCGACGGACGGAGGGUGGAGACGUCGUUGUCGAUCGAUCCGAAGCGGUUGAGCGAGGAUAAGCAGGAACGCGAGGAGCAGCUCCGCGAUCUGGCGAAGGCGGCGGCCGAGCUUGCGAUUGGCGCGAGUUUGCUGAUGAAGGUGUAAACAGUCAUGUAUUUAGAAAGUUGUAAAAUAUAAAGAACUACUACUACUACUACUAUCAACCAACGCCACAGCAGAGAC